AUGGGUUGUCCUCGAGGGUUUCUUUUUGGUCUUGUGAACGGCGGCUCGCUGAGUGACCGUCGGGACGUCACCACGUUGACUUUUUCCGACAGUUCAGAAAAAGGGCCAUCUGCGGAUCUUGGUUUGAUCCCUCCAGAACAUGGCUUGUCCACUUGCGGGUUCCCCCCACCGAUUCACACAUGCUUCUCUCAAGAGUUCCACCUCUUCUUGUCUUCUUUUCCCCACACAGCCCAGAUUGAAGUGAUCCCCUGCAAGAUCUGCGGAGACAAAUCUUCCGGGAUCCACUACGGGGUCAUCACUUGUGAAGGAUGCAAGGGCUUCUUCCGACGCAGCCAGCAAGGGAACGUGACCUAUUCUUGUACUCGGCAACAAAACUGUCUGAUCGACCGCACGAGCCGCAACCGCUGCCAAUACUGUCGCCUGCAGAAAUGUCUUAGCCUCGGCAUGUCCCGUGACGCUGUCAAAUUUGGCCGGAUGUCCAAGAAGCAACGAGACAGCCUCCAUGCCGAAGUCCAGAAACAGCUGCAACAGCAACAACAUCAAGGCGGAGAGAGUUCCACCUUCUCCUUGGGCAUGGCCGAUGGUCAACUCAAGCUGGAUCCUUCUCCAGAUCUCCGGGAAGGCUCCCCUGCUCUCCUCACUGGACAGACCCGCCUUAGCCAGUCUCCGGAUGAGACGGCGGGCUUGGCCUACUCUAACGAACUCCCCAAGGCGCAGAGCCUCCUGGGUGGAGAACAGCAGGACCUCUUCAAAAAAGGGUAUAGUCCUGAAGUCAUCAAGGUAGAACCCAGGACCAGCAUCUAUUAUUCUUUGGAGACACAGGCAUUGCCAGACCUCUUGUCCCCCAAUGUCAGCAGAGCAGAACGGACAACAGCCAGCGAGACCCUUGACCUCUACACCAACCCGAGCUUUACCAGCUUCUUGGAGUGCCCACACCCUUCGCUGAUGGAGAUUGAGCACUUGACCCAGAAUGUCCUCAAGUCCUAUCGGGAGACCUGUCAACUCCGCUUGGAAGACCUCCACUUGCUGAGGUGGGAGACCUUCACCCGAGAAGAAAUUGGGAGCUACCAGAAGAAGACUAUGGAGGAGAUGUGGGAACGUUGCGCCUGCCGCAUCACGGAAGCCAUCCAGUACGUGGUGGAGUUCGCCAAGCGAAUGGGGGCCUUCAUGGACCUCUGCCAGAACGACCAGAUUGUGCUUCUCAAAGCAGGUGCCAUGGAGGUCGUUCUGGUGAGGAUGUGCCGAGCGUUCAAUUCCGAGAACCGGACAGUAUUCUUUGAGGGCAAAUAUGCUGGCCCAGAAGUCUUCAAAUCUCUGGGUUGCAAUGAACUGAUCAACUCCAUCUUCGAUUUCACACACAGCCUGUGUUCGCUCCACUUCUCCGAGAACGAAAUUGCUCUCUUCACAGCCCUGGUGCUGAUCAACGCAAAUCGCCCGUGGCUGCAAGAGAAAAGCAAGGUGGCCUAUUUGCAGAACAACCUUGAAGUGGCCUUCAAACAGAUGUUGCAGAAAAAUAACCGAGAAGGCAUCUUGGCAAAGUUGCCGCCCAAAGGGAAGUUGCGAAGUCUCUGUUCCCAGCACGUGGAGAAGCUCCGCUCCUUUCGCCAGAUGUAUCCCAUGGUUGUCCACGCGGUUUUCCCACCGCUGUACAAAGAGCUCUUCAGUUCAGACUCUGACCCUCUGAUCCAGGGGCCCACGGGAGAGUAACCCCCUCCCCCCCCACACACAAGCUGAGGACAGGUCAGGUGUUGCCUCCCAGUCGCUGGAAGCCGGAUACAAAAUGAAGACUGGGAUCGAGGGGAGCAGUCGACAAGUGGGCGGGGCAGGACGAGGAGUUGGUGAUUGCUUGUCUGUCCUCAUUUUGGGGGUGUCCCACUUCAUUCUGGAGGAAAAACAGCGUCCCCACCUCAAAAUGCUCCAGUUUACAUUUUAAGGGUUAGCGGCCGCGGAAGCAAGAAGCAAUACUGGGGGAUUAUGUGGCAUCGACAAAUCCACCGGGAGAUGGUUUCACGGGAAGACAACAUUGGAUGUCGCUGGCAGCUUGGGCGAUCCCCCCAAAAAUACCUCAUUUGUGCCAUUUUAACGGCAAGAGACUUGGCCAAGUUCAAAAGAAAUUUAUAUAGAUAUAUAUGUAUGCAUUUAGAGAAAGAGAUGGACAGAUGUGGCUCUCUAAGAUAGAUUUUUUUUUUUUUUGCUAAGUCUGUAUUUGAUAACAAAGGCACCCCUCUCUGUUUUCCCCCCACCCUUCUUUCUCUUUGCCCUGUCACUUCGCCAACCAGCUUCAACUUCUGCAUUUGUGCAAAAAAGUGUGCUUGUGGGGAGUACAUCUCUGCACCUUGGACGCGGCUUUGCCGCCUCCGUUUAGAACCCCAAUAAGUGGGUUUGCCUUAUUAGCAAUUUCCUCGAAGCCAACGCCCGUUUUCUUUGGAGACAGCGGUGCUAAUAUAAAGUUCCCUGGGUUGUUUUAAAACGCAUAGAGCCGUGAUGAUGAACCUAUGGCACGCAGGUGGCACGCAGAGCCAUUUGUGCU